GAGGAGAAAGACGAAGGAAGAAGAGGAGGAGGCACCGCGGCGGCGGCAGGACAGAGACUCGCCAGCCACAAGCAAACGGCACCAGCGGGAGGGGAGGGAGGCAGGCGGAGCGGGAGGCGAGGCGGCGGCAUCAUCACCACCACCACCAGCAGCAGAAGCAGCACCACCGGUGGCCGGGAACAGCCUUACAAGCGGCGGCGGCGGAGAGGAGUCCUCGCGAAACAGUAGCCAAGCCCGCCCCCCGUUUGCCUGCCCGCCUCCCUCCCUCCCUUCCCCGCCGCGGAGACAGACCAGGGGGCAGCAGCGGCAGCCGCGCCGAGGAGAAGGAACCGCGGCCAACGUCUGCGUGUGCGGCGGCGGGUGAGAGGAGGCGAAGCGGGCGGCGGCGGCGAGGGAAACACCGGAGACUGCGCCGGCCGCGGGCGCACGGCGCUGUGAGGAAAGGCUUCCCGUGGGAGCGGCGACUGGAAACAGGGAGAAACGGCGGCGAAGGCGGCGGAGGAAGACUAGGGCGCAGCCCUCUGUGGUGGAGGCGGAGGGGUUGGGGGGGUCACCGAGUUUCCCCCUCUUAUUUUUUUCCUCCUCUCUCUGUCUCGCACGGGACCCAGCGGCGUGUGCUUUGGUGGCUUCUUCGUUGACGGCGCCCCCCUUUUCCCCGCUCCCUCGUUUUCCUCCUCACCCCCCCCCCCGGUUUUAGGGGGGGAAAGGCCUCCUCCCCCCCUCGCGCUUCAAGCCCACAUAACACACACCCCGUCUCUUUCCCCGCCUGGCGGGCGCCCAGUGCGGUGGUUGGGCGAGUGCUGGUGCGGGCGCUCGCUCGCUCUCUCCCUGCGCUUGGAAUAUGGUUGGGGAAAUGGAAACCAAGGAGAAGCCCAAGCCGAGCCCCGAUUACCUGAUGCAGCUGAUGAACGACAAGAAGCUCAUGAGCAGCCUCCCCAACUUCUGCGGGAUAUUCAACCACCUCGAGAGGCUGCUGGACGAAGAAAUUAGCAGAGUACGGAAAGACAUGUAUAACGACACGUUAAAUGGUAGCACGGAGAAGAGAAGUGCAGAAUUACCUGAUGCUGUGGGACCUAUUGUACAGUUACAAGAGAAACUAUAUGUGCCUGUAAAAGAAUAUCCAGAUUUCAACUUCGUUGGAAGAAUCCUUGGGCCCAGAGGGCUAACAGCUAAACAGCUUGAGGCUGAAACAGGAUGUAAGAUAAUGGUCCGAGGCAAAGGGUCCAUGAGAGACAAAAAGAAGGAAGAACAAAACAGAGGAAAGCCGAACUGGGAACAUCUGAAUGAAGACCUGCAUGUACUAAUCACUGUGGAAGAUGCUCAAAACAGAGCAGAAAUCAAACUGAAGAGGGCUGUAGAAGAAGUAAAAAAAUUACUGGUACCUGCAGCAGAAGGAGAAGAUAGCCUUAAAAAGAUGCAGUUGAUGGAACUUGCAAUUCUCAAUGGCACCUACAGAGACGCCAAUAUCAAAUCACUCUCAUGCAGUCUUGAAGGCAUAGCAACAGCCCAGGCUCCAAGGAUUAUUACGGGGCCUGCGCCUGUUCUCCCACCAGCUGCCCUGCGUACCCCUACGCCAGGUGGCCCUACCUUAAUGCCUUUGAUCAGACAAAUACAGACCGCUGUCAUGCCAAAUGGAACUCCUCACCCAACUGCUGCAAUAGUUCCCCCAGGACCUGAAGCUGGUUUAAUUUACACACCGUAUGAGUAUCCCUACACACUGGCUCCUGCUACAUCAAUUCUUGAGUAUCCUAUUGAACCCAGUGGUGUAUUAGGUGCGGUGGCUACUAAAGUUCGAAGGCACGAUAUGCGUGUCCAUCCUUACCAAAGGAUUGUGACCGCAGACAGAGAUAGUGUGCCUUUCCAGUUCUAUCUUUGUUAGAUUGCCCAAAUCCGCCACCGGCAACUAACCUAUGACCUUCUGACCUCUGAACUCUUCACCCAAUGAUGACCUGACCAUGCCUGCCUGCUGAUCAGUUAACUGGUAAUCGCCUUUGCUUGCCUGUCUUCAGUGCAGCGAGCUGAGGCACUUGUCCGUUCGUCUUACCAUCUAACAAAAAGACAAAGAAAUUGUUGUCCUCCAACUCAGCUUUUUUUCCCUGUUUGGGUGAAAGUGGUUCUAGAACCUGCACUGAAUAGUAGUAAAGCAAUAAGGUCCAAUUCAUCCCUCCGCACUGAUCAUCUUUUAGUGUCCCACCCUAAAUGAAUGGUAAGAACGGCCUCACUUGAGAGAUGGAGGCAGAUGUCCCUUAACUCCCUGAUGACAGAGGCAGUUACUGUGAGACUUCUAGGAAUCUUUUUCUUCUCAUAAAGAAGUCAAAGUUCUCUUUGAAUGUACUGUGUGAUGAUGCAUCAUGCAUGAACCUUUGGUCAGGGAUGUCAUUGGUGAAGGGAUUCCUAAAAGUAUUCAAAAUUUGACAUGCAGUGUAGUCACUACCAAUGCCCUCAAAGGGCAGAAGAUGCAGCCUUUUUUAUAUUACCUGCCAAAUUGGGUGUUUUUAAGAAGAAAAAAGUGCCAUGAAAGAUAGGUUACUGAAUUUUUGAACUACAUCAAUGCAUAAACUAAACAGCAACACUAUUGAAGCUAAUCCUGAGAUACUUUCUUUUACUAUACAUCAACUUCCUUAAAAGAUUACAUGAGUACAAGGUACAUGCAUUAUGUGUCACAUUACUGGGCAAACUGUUCAAAUAUUUUUUUAAACCUCCCUGUAUAGAGAAAUUUCAUUAAGGAUGUAAAAGCCAUGCUUGCCUAUUUGCUGUAUACAUGUAAUGAAAUUGUAGAUAAAGUGUAGUGCAUUGAAACAAAUUGAAAAAAAAGUAGAUACUUUUACUAUACAAGGGUGCUGGUGCAGAAAAAAUAUAUUUUUGGAAAUGUAGCAUUUUAUACUUUCAAGUGUUAUAAAAAAGAAAAAAGAACAAAGAAACCCUUUAUUUCAUUAAAUGAUUUUUUCUGGUGGUUGUCGAGAAACAAAAGACCAAAAGAGCCUUUUUGUCUUUAUUUUUUAUUUUUUAAGUAUUGGAAUAAGUAUAAAGAAGAGAAAGUGCCUUAUUUUCUUCAUGGUCAUUUAGUCAGAUGUCUCGUAUAAUCCGCUCCUCCCUCAGACAGCAAGUUAAUGCAUGCCACUCUGUCGCCCAGUAUGUGAAAAGAAGCUGUGAGGAAAGACAAAUGAGUUGACCAUUUAAAUUACCUGGUUUUUGCCAUAGCAUAAUGCAACUUUGUCAGAUCUGAAACUGUGAAAUGGAAUUGUUCCACCAACAGCCAACCGCAAUAUUUUUGUAACAUGUUCCCUCUUCAAUUGUAGACAAUAUAUUUUUAUAGUACUUGCUCAGCCUUAAACCAAAGGGUUCUAAGAUGCAGUCUCAUUCUAAAUCAAAGUAUUAGAUUACACUAUUUAUACAGUAGCAAGUGUUAUACCCCCCGCCCCCGCCCCCGGAAUAGGUUGCAUUGUCCCUAUUUGAAAUAGAUAAGGGAAAACACAGCAGAACGUGAGCUUGCCUACAGGAUGACUUUGUCCAUGACUAAACUGAGCAUUCAGACAGUCUGUCUUUGAGCAUGUUUUAGGUUUUUGUGUGCUUCAUCUACAAUGCCAAAUAGUGUGUACUCCUCAUCAAACUCCUACUUGAUGAAUGUUAACUGCCGGUUGCGCUUUACUGAAAAGGAAAAGAAGUAUCAGUUAACUAUCUGGAAGUUAAGCUAUGCUUCAGUUUGAGUCAGUAAACAUUUGCAUAGCUGGGCUAGUGGUGAUAAAACACUUUACGCACAAAGGUGAAGUAAAAAAAUAUAUGAGCAAGUAGUGAUACGUUAAUUGCUUUGAGCAGAUUUGGCAAAGAUCAGGUGAUAACCCCCCUCCAUUGUGUCAACUUAUUAUCCUAAAAAUCUUCACAGCUUCCAAAUCAAAGGUCAAUAGUAAGUUAGGUAAGAGGGCUUACUUUUUAAGCACCUGCAUGGUGACUUGGUCUAACCAUUGUGUCUCACCUGGAAACAAGUAUCAAUUUAUUUACUAUGCAAUAAACAUACAUCCUUUUGUAUUCAGCUAGCUUUUAUUUUAUCUUGCCACUGGCUUUGUCUUCCUGUUACACAUAGGUUUUUUGGUUUGACUUUCAGUAUAUGCUGUGCCAUUUUGAUUUUUGUUUGGUUGAAUAAACUUGCAACACUCAAAAAUUUUGGAGAGAGAAUUGCUAAAACAUAACCAGUAUUUGAUCCAGUUUCAUCUCAACUAUGAUAAACCUGGACAUUUUUAGAUGCUGAUCAAAGGUCUCUUCUUGGGAGAAGUGUGACUUAUAAAAGUAAUGUUUGUUCUGAAAAAGUUUGAAGACUUAGUUGACAACAUUUUGGAUCAACUUAAAGCAUGACAUUUGAAAUCUCUGAAUGCCUUGGUUCUCAGUAUUAUCAUUCUUUAUUGAAUUUUUCUUUAUUAAAAUAUGUAGUCUAAGACUUUUUUCUGACAGUAUUAUGUAAUUUUUUUUAGAGUGGGUAUACAUACAUCGCUUGUAUGUUACCAUACAGACGACAUGUAUUUGUCUAUUCCUUUUACUUUAGUUUGAUGCUAUGUAUGUACCAUAACCAACCUAUUGCCUAUGAGAAACAUGUAAGAUAAUGUAUUUACAGCCAUUGUUACAAGUUUAUAAUGUAUUUUUCUAUCUUGUUUUAUAUGUAUGUUAUAUAACAUUCAGAAGAAUUUUUUUCCUGAUUGAGAAAAGGAUACAAAAAUGCAAAACCCACAAUUUUGAUAACUGAAAAUUGCCAAUUGUUUUGCAGUACUUUAUUAUUAUAUUGGGAGUGUUGUCUUUGGGCUUUUAGUUAGCUACUGGAUUGAAUACAUUAGACAUAUCUGGGUUUUAGUUGGGUUUUUACAUAGCUUGCAUUUUAAUUCUUUGGUUCUUUGCUGUUUCUAUUAACCCAUAGCAUUAUUUUAAUAAAUGUUAUAAUACCAACCUACUAA